AAAAGAGACGGCCGGAUAGGGUGGAUAUCGCACUUCAUCCUCAACAUCCGCCAGGUUUAGUCAAAGUCCUAUACAUUCCACGAUCUCAACGAAAAUGAAAUUCGCCGCAGCCCUCCUGUUGGUGACGAUCCUGCUCUGCGCUACUGGAAGCGGAGAUGCUGGUCAAAGUGGCAAAGGAAGAGGAGGCGGAAUGCAGUCUCAGCCAUCCUACGGUGGCCAACAAUCUCACGGUGGUGGCCGGCAGCCAUCUUACGGCCAAUCAGCGGCGCCGAUGCAACACAGAGCUCCUUCGCAAGGAGGCAAAAGCAAAAGCAAAGGCAAAGGUCAGCAGCAACAAAUGAGUUACGGACGACCGGCUGCAGCUCCUGCUAGGCCCAUGUCUUCAUCUUACGGUGGCUCGUCGGCACCGGCACCGGCUAAGCAGAUGUCGGGAUCCUACGGAUCAGCGGCUCCGAUGAACCACGGAAUGGCCAGCAUGCCGGCAGCUCACCAACAGCCCAAACCAGCAGCCACUCAAUCGUCUUACGGUGGUGGCGGAAUGGCCAAAGCGCCGAUGAUGCCUUCCUCUCACGGUGCCGCCCGUCCACCCGCUUCUUCUUCUUCCUAUUAAAAAAAUAA